AUGCCCUUACUUGACGCCCACUCAGGUCCCUCAUAUGGCACACUCGAUCAAAUGGAGAGGCGCGAUCAGCACGAAGGAGAGCACCUCCUUCCCGCGGGAUACGAAAGCGAUGACCACGGUAGCGAGAUAACAUCUGAUGACUCGGUGCAGGAAGGGGUUCGGAAGAUUGAAGCCAUCAGCUUGACCUGGACAACAAAGUCUUUGGUUGUGGCUUAUGUCAGUAUUUUCCUUAUGGCGUUUUGUACUUCUUUAGAGGGCCAGACCACCACAUCCCUCUCUGCUUAUGCAACCAGCGCAUUUAGCAAGCACUCAUUGAUUUCAACUGUUCUUGUUGUCCAGAAUGUCGUCAAUGCUGUGAUCAAGCCUCCCAUGGCUAAGAUAGCCGAUGUCUUCGGUCGCUUCGAAGCGUUCUGCGUGUGCAUUUUGAUAUAUGUUCUUGGUUAUAUACAAAUGGCUGCUUCGACCAAUGUCCAAACUUAUGCAUCGGCUCAGAUAUUCUAUUCCGCCGGUUCGACGGGUUUGCAGAUCCUCCAACAAGUGUUCAUUGCGGACAGCAGUAGCCUUCUCAACAGGGCAUUUCUUGCGCUCUUGCCAGAGUUUCCGUUUCUGGUUACAGUUUGGAUUGGACCAGCAAUAGCUGAUGCAGUGAUACACCAUUCGUCAUGGCGUUGGGGUUACGGGAUGUGGUCAAUCAUUUUGCCUGCUUCGUUUCUUCCGUUAGCGUUGACGUUAUUGUUGAAUCAACGCAAGGCUAAAAGACUAAACCUCAUCAAGCAAAAGCACACCCCUCGGGGUGGCUUCAUCGCUGUUGUCCGCCGCACGUGGUACGAUUUGGACAUGUUUGGUUUGAUACUUCUUUCGGCGGCAGUUACAUUGAUCUUGGUGCCUCUCACUCUUGCCGCCAAUGCUAAAGACGGCUGGAAGAACGACAGCAUCCUCGCAAUGAUUGCGGUUGGUAUAGUUUGUUUACUGGCGCUGCCACUUUGGGAGACUUCGAAAAGAUUUGCCCCUAAACCACUUCUCUCCCUACACCUUCUCAGACAACGCACAGCACUCGCUGGCUGCGCUUUAGCUUUUUGGUACUUCAUGGCAUUCUAUUUUUCGGUUCAACCGUAUCUUUACUCUUAUCUUCAAGUGGUCCAAGGAUAUGAUGUCGCUACGGCUGGCCGUGUGACACAGACGUUUGCGUUUACGUCGACCAUUGCUGCUUUCUCAGUGUCCUUAUUGAUCAAAUACACACGACGCUAUCGAAUAUUUGUGACCAUUGGAAGCGCGAUCUACAUGAUUGGUCUUCUUUUGAUGAUGCUUUACCGCAAAGAAGGGAGCUCAUCAACGCUAAUUCUUGGGACACAGAUUGUGGUGGGUAUGGGAGGCGGCCUCCUCAACGUGCCUGUUCAGCUGGGAGUUCAGGCGUCCGCUAGCCAUCAGGAGGUUGCGGCUGCUACGGCAAUGUUUUUGACAUCUAUGGAGAUGGGUGGUGCAGUUGGCGCCGCGAUCUCGGGGGCCGUCUGGACGCACAACAUUCCGCGGAAGUUGCGGCGUUACCUCCCUGAUGAGAAUAAGGGGGAUGCUAAAGAAAUAUUUGGGAGAUUGGACAAGGCACUAUCUUUCCCUAUAGGGUCACCGGCUAGAAUUGCCAUCAAUCGAUCUUAUCAAGAGACUAUGAAUAAGCUGUUGGUGUUAGCGCUGAUCGCGACGAUACCAUUGAUCCCCUUGAGUCUUUUUAUGAAGAAUUAUAGGUUGGACAAAGUCAAUUCCGAACCAGUGGAUGGGCCUAACGGGGGCCAUCCAGUUCCAGACAAUGGACAAGGCCUAUUGGAAAACGAAUCCGAAUCAGAAGGACACUCGAAACAACCGUGA